AUGGCCAAUGAUCACGGCACUAGUGGUGUGACUAAUGCCUUGUUGGCACUACUGCAGGAGAGGUUCAGGCAGUUGGAGAAAAUGAAGGAGUUAAGACAGGAGAAAGAGCUCCUCAGAAUGUUGUCCGAAUCCAGAAAAUACGCAUGUGAUUAUAAUCACGAGAUGCAAUCCGAAAAAAGAUUGCGGUCGUCGGAGAUUUUUUAUCCUCCUAAACCUAAUUGCCAGCUUUCUCUAUCUCUCUGGCCAGAUUCUUCUGCCGAAAGGCCCGCGGAUAGUCGGGCCACGAUUGCAUCUACUGAUGGGCCGUUUGUUUGUACAUCGCAGGUGAAGAUGGAGAAUUCGGGUUAUGAUGUUGACACCUCUCUUCGUCUGUGA